CUGUUUUUAUUUAUAUUGCAGACAAAUGGUCAUGAGGUUGGUUCAGGAAAUAUUCAGGACGAGUCCUGCAGACGCUCUCACCAAAGAUCUUCCGGAAAUUAUGAAGACCCUCACGAAAAUAGGGGAAGAAUCAUCUCUUAGGGCCGAACUGCUGGAGCAUGUUCCCCAAAUCGCUGCACAAGCUGUGGAAUGUUCGACAAGAGUGGAAGCUUUGAAAAACAUCGUUAGCGAUUAUCUGAUUCCAUUAGUCGUUCGAAAUUUGGGAUAUUCUGAUACUGCUGUUGACAAAGCUGCCCACGUUACCCUCAUCAGUUUAAUAGAGCAAGGAUUUAUCAACAAACAGCAAGCUGAAAUUCAAGUGUGUCCUGCUGUGUUGGCUUUGGCAACGGUCGAAUCAUCAGCAGAUAUCAAUACACGUGCAAUCUCUUUAAUGAGCAAGUUGGCCCCGCUCCUUGGUAGAGACAUUACAGAAAGGGUAUUUCUCAAGAGGUUCAUAGAUUUGUGUUCCAGUCCGAUGUUUUACAUGCGUAAAAUCUGUGCUGCACAUUUUGGAGAUUUUUGUGCAGUGGUUGGAAAAGAUUCCUUUGAAAAUAUUUUGCUUCCAUACUAUAUUAACUUAUGUUGUGAUGAUGUUUGGGGUGUAAGGAAAGCAUGUGCCGAAGUAGUAAUGUUUAUUUCUUGCCCUUGCCCUCCUAAAGCUAGAAAAUCAGUGUUGGCGCCUGUUUUUAUUAAAUUACUUAAGGAUGAUUGUCGCUGGGUGAGGAUGUCUGCUUUCCAAGCAUUAGGUCCCUUUAUUUCAACUUUUGCUGAUCCAACCAUAACAAAUGUAGGCUACAAUAAAGGGGGAGAUUUAGUACUGAAGGAUGAAGAAGGAGGCGAGUUCAUAAUGAACUCUUCCCGGAUACUUUCACUGACUGAACGAUAUUCGAUCCUGACCAAUGACAAAGAGGAAGUAGAUGUAAUGAUGAACCCUUUGAAUUCAGAUUUGAAUAAUUUAUCUAAUAGUGACUCGUCCGAACUGGACGAUAAAUCAGAUGAGUGGUACCUAGAAGGACUAUUGAAAAUACAGGGGUUGUUGGAUGAGGAACCAAAUCCAAAUGAAAUAACGAAUCAGAAAUGUGUCACUUUAGCUGAAAUUGUGAACAAUGAAUUGAAAGACGAUUUCGAAAAUCUUGAUAUAUCUGAAGACAUUCUAAAUUCCGAUAGUUUUGGAAGUAGUGAAACUGAACCUAGUCAUUCAAAUCCGAGUUGUUUGGAAGAUGAUACAAUGAAUAAUGACAGUAGUAACAUAAAAUCAGACGGUGCUGAUAACAAGGUAAAUUCCUCUGUUAGUCUGUUUGAUACUGUUGAAGAUGAUUUACGUGAAUUUAACUCGCAUAAUUAUUGGUAUGUUAGUCCUGAUUUGCCCUUAGACCCUGAUAUUGUUGAAGAAGGAAAAUCAAAAUCAGAGAGUGAUGGUUCGGGCGAUGUUGCGUCACACUUGGAGAAAUUAUAUUCCACCAUAAAUCUGGGCGAUAGUCUCAAUGUAUCGUCGAUAGAAAAUGAUUCGUCAACAAUAUCCAUUGAGGAGAAAGACAGUUUAAGUGAUGAGAAAAGUCCUGACUUGAAAAAUACCAGUGAGAACUCUGAACCAGAUCAAGAUAUAGUACCUCAGGAACUGAUAAAUCACUAUGUUUCAAUGACUGAUCCUAAUUUAUCUAUGAACAUAGACAACGAAAUGACUUAUCACUGUGCCUAUUCGUUGCCAGCAGUGGCGUCCACCCUAGGAAGUAAUAACUGGCAUUUACUGAAAAGCACAGUAGAUUCUUUAGCUAGCGACAUGCAAUAUAAAGUUAGGAAGACUGUUGCUAGCGGUUUACACGAACUUGCUCUGAUAUUAGGUCCUGAAGCAGCAACCACGAACCUAACGCCUUUAUUUGACGGUUUUAUUAAGGAUUUGGACGAAGUUAGGAUAGGCGUUUUGAAACAUUUAGCUCAUUUUUUGAAAUUGAUCGAUCCCACCAAAAGGAAUGCUUAUCUUCCAAGGUUGGCUGAAUUUUUACAAACUGAUAACGAGUGGAAUUGGAGGUUUAGAGAGGAGUUGGCAAAACAAUUAUUGGAUGCUGUGAGACUUUUCAAGCCUUCCGACUCUACUAAAUUCCUAGGAGUAAUUGCAAUAGAUUUAUUUUGCGAUAAGGUAGCAGCUGUACGACAAGCUGCGAUAUCAUUGAUAUGUGAAAUAGUGAAGUAUACAUCAUCAGAACCAGCACUGGCUCCUUGCCUUCUGCUAAAGUUAGCGGAGACUUUAGCUCACUCUAAGAAAUGGAAAAGAAGGCAAACAUUUUGUCUUUUAUGUAUAGAAUUAUUGAAAGAAGAGGCCUUAUCAACAGAACUGUUUGCUUCCGAAAUACUGCCUCAUUUACUAGAUUUGAGCUGGGACCCUGUCAUAAAUGUUAGGCUAGUCGUGGCUAGGUGUAUUUCGCAACAAAUAAUGGAAAAUGGUUAGUAUCAAUUUUUAAUA